UCGAAUAGAAUUUUCUAUAUCGAACAACGGGAAAUAUUCUUUUAGUUCAUUUUCAAGUUUCAGCUUAACAUUGAAAAAUAUUAUCAUUUUCUUGAAAAUAGCUUUAUGAAAAACAUUUUCUAGAAACGUCACAUUUUCCAUGAAACGAACGGAAUCUUAAUAUGAAAUGCUAAUUCACUAUAUGAAGUGGUUUAGUUUCCUUGAUUUGACAGGAAUCAUCUUCGAUCUCAUCGUCAUUGUCCAUAACCAAUCAUGAAGUGUUCUUGAGUUUUAGAGGUGCAGAUACUCGCAAAGGAUUCACGGAUCACCUUCAUUGCAAAUUGGUAGAUGCAGGGAUCAAGGUCUUUAAGGAUGACGAGAAUCUCCAUACUGGAGAAGAGAUCAAGCCGGCGCUAAAAGAGGCGAUCAGGCAGUCGAGGAUCUCAAUAGCCAUCCUCUCCAAAGACUAUGCUUCCAGUAAAAGUUGCCUCAUGGAGGUGGUACAAAUGUGGGAGUGCAGAAUAUCUAAUGGACAGACUAUCAUCCCGAUUUUCUAUGACAUUAGUCCCUCCGAUGUAAAACACCAGGCUGGGCAUUUUGAAACAUCCUUCCGUCAACAUGAGAAGGACGGAGUCAGCUCAAAUACCAUCAUAAAAUGGAAGGAGGUUCUUCGACAGAUUGGGGGAUUAAGCGGAUAUCAUCUAGAUAACGUAUAUGGGGGGCACGAGUCCCAGCUUGUAAAAGGAGUUCUCAGACGGGUCAGGCAGUUGUUGAAGAAGGAUGACCAAGUUGUAACCGAUAAACUAGUUGGAAUUGAUCUUCAUGUUCGAGAGAUGAUGAGAAAGCUUGGUGUUGUCUACAAUGAUGGACGGGCGAUCGAAGUAUGUGGACAAGAUGUACGUGUCGUUGGAAUAUGUGGAAUGCCAGGUGUUGGAAAGACUACACUUGCAAAGGUUGUCUUCAACAAGAUGCAUCUAUUGUUUGAUGAAUGUAGCUUCCUUCCAGGUAUUAAUUCAAAAGGAAUCACGUUUUCACAAGAAAUGUUGAUUGCUGACCUCCAGAAAGAAAAACCUGCACCACUUAGAUCUUCUGAUGAAGGUACUAAAGAAAUAGCCAGUCUAUUUAGUAGAAUGAAGGUUCUCAUUGUCCUAGAUGAUUUGCAUGAGGUUGAACAAGCUAAAGCAUUAGCCGAGAAACUUAGUUGGUUUGGUCCAGGAAGUAGAAUAAUUGUGACCACAAGCAUGAGGAAUGUUCUAGAUGGAUUUGACAACAGACCAACCAAAAAAUACAAGGUUGAACCCAUGAGAUAUCACCAUGCUCUUCAACUCUUUCGUAAGCAUGCUUUCCAAGGGGAUGCUCUCCAAGAUGUCUCUGAGUAUGAUUACCUGUCCACGGACAUAGUCAAAGCUACUGGAGGGCUUCCUUUAGCUAUUGUGGUUGCGGCCUCAUAUUUAUGCAACAAUAAGGAUGAUAUACGAAUAUGGAGAAAUACUUUGGAAUUCUUAAAAGAUCACCAAGCAAAUGAAGUUGAAGCUGCCUUUAGGGUUGGUUACGACUCUUUAGAUGUUCCUACAAGAAAGAUAUUUCUCGACAUAGCAUGCUUUUUUAUUGGAAAGCAUGAGAGGAUUCUCUCUUACAUGUGGGAGGCUUGUGGUUACUAUCCUGCUAGAGGAAUAAAAUGCCUUCGUGAGAUGCAUUUCUUGGAAAUUGGAGAAAAUAAUGAAUUCAGAAUGCAUGACCUGCUAAGAGACUUUGGCAGGAAACUUGUCGAGAGAAAAGAUCUUCAUGAGCGCUGCAGGAUUUGGAAUCACAGUGAUGCAGUUUCCGUUCUAAAGGAUAGUAAGGAUACUAGAAACGUCGAAGGUAUAGGUCUUGCGGUUGAAGAGGGUUGCAUCGUCUGUUUUACAUGUGAAGAAUUUCAUAAAAUGUCGAAUUUGAGGUACCUUAGACUGGACCGGGCUAACAUUCAGGGAAACACCGAGAAUCUUCUUCCAAAUUUGAGAUGGCUUGAAUGGUCAGCAUGCCGUUUGAUUUCUGACCUAGCUAAUAUGCAUUUGAAGAAGUUAGUCAUUCUCGAUCUGUCUUGGAGUCCAGUCACUGAAGAUUCGCAAGUCUGGAGACAAAUCAUGGAGAAGGUGGAUGAAUUGAAAGUCUUGAACCUGCAAGGAUGUGUUCAGUUACCUGCGUCGUUGAACUUUCGAGCUCCAAUCAAUUUGGAGAUUUUGAUACUGGAAGAUUGCACUCAGUUAUCUCAAAUUGGGCCAUUCAUUAGUGAUUUGAAGAACUUGAGUUCCUUAAAUCUGAGAAAGUGCAUCGGAGUCAGGCAGUUGCCCCAAGAUCUGUGCUGCAUGAAAUCUUUGAGGGAACUCCUGAUUGAUGGAACUGGCAUAUAUAGUAUAUGUUUCUCCGAAGGUUCUUUGGAGAAUCUUGAAAUACUUAGUGCUUGUGACUGUCAAUAUUUGCAAGAUAUAUCCACAAUUGGCCGCCUAAGGAGUCUCUCGAGUCUUGCUCUCGAUGGUGCUGAUAUCGAUGGGCUUCCAUAUACUGUUGAACUUCUUCAGAAACUUCGGAGACUUUCUUUAAGGAAUUGUUGGAAGUUGGGUAAACUUCCGACUUCCAUCGGGAAGCUCGAGCUGCUGGAGGUAAUGGACCUUUCGUACACUGGAAUCAUGAAAAUGCCAUGGUCAGUUAAGGAUUUGAAGAACUUGAAGACACUAAAGAUGGCGCACACUCCCCUACGAAAAUUUCCUGAAGAUAUGGUGAACUUAAAGAACCUGGAGGAGAUAGAUUUCUCCAGCUGCAGAAAUUUGGGGGUGAAGUUCGCUGUGAUAUUUCAGGAUUAUCCUCUUUGAGAAUUUUGAGAUUAUCGUCAUCCGAUGUGGCCGGGCUGAGUCCAAGUAUUGGCCAUCUCUCAUGCCUCCAAACCCUGGACCUACUCGACUGCGACCAACUUCAGGCUCUACCGAAGUUGCCCUCCAGUUUACUCAGUCUCGUCUGGGGAUCCAAACAAAUGAUAGUCCCCGACUUGUCAUAUCUGACGAAUCUGAAAGAGCUACUUUUGAAAGAUGUUGAGCAGCCAGAAGCUAAAUGGCGAAUGAGGUUAUUGAAUCUAAAGACUCCGAAUAUUGGGUGGAUCGCGAGGUUACCAAGUCUAGAGAUCUUGCAAUUGUCCCUUCCAUUGGUCACCAAUCUCCCGGGGAACUUCGGUAUCCUUACGCAGCUCCAGGAGCUCUCUUUAUCCUACAUGAAGGAGCUAGAUCUCACACGACUUCCCUUAACUUCAAGCUUAUUGACUCUGCGUCUCAAACAUUGCACGAUUCAAGAGCCAAAAUUUUCUGGUCUGAAGUAUCUGUCAGAAUUGGAACUAGACAACUGUGAUUUAGCAAAGAUUGAUGGUCUUGAAAAUUUAAAGGUUUUGGAAGUCCUGAAAAUUUCUGAAUGCAGCAUAACGAACCUUGAUGGGCUCAGAGAUUUACCCCGUCUCAGGAAGGUGCAAGUUUUCUCUUGUGAUCUCGCCAGUCUAUCAGAAUUAUGCGAAUGUGAAUGUGAAGUGGACAUUCGCAAUAUUGCAUUUGUCUCACAAAUGUGAAUGUGAAGUCAACAUUUUGAGUCUUCGACAGGAUAUUUCCUUUAAGUCUAAGAAACUGGAGGGCGACCUCUCUAAGUGCAGGGCCACAAAAAAGACCAGGCAGUUUCUUCGCGUCUGGCAAUUGGUAGUGGCAUCAAGAAUCUUGUCGAGGCAAUUGCUGAAGCCUGUAGGAUGCAUCCAAAAGCCAUCCGCUGCCACUCAACUCUUCGAUCACGAUGAAAAAGAGGUGACAAAGGAGAAAGUAACAUCCAGGAUCCACGGGCGACAUUGCAGGGACUCAGCAAUUGUGAGCCAUCACAGGCCCGUGUUUUCGUCGACUCUGCUGGGAAAAUUCAUCCUGAACACCGCCUUCAGUGUUGCCAUUCUCCAUUCGAGUUAAUCAAGUUGUCGGGUUCCCGAAUAUCCUGGAGUUGAUUGUAGGAUGGUGAUGACGAAAGUUUCACCAAGACGGAGGCUUUUGUUUUCUUUUCUCAAUUUGUUGCACAUGAAUUUUUUAACUUCUGCAAUAGACAUAAUGUUCUAUCUAACAAGCUAAAAGAUGUCCAGUCUGUUCCUUAUUCA